GUCCACUUGAAUCACAAUAACCUACAGGCCCGAGCCAUCGGAGCUACCCACCACCCUCUCAUAGGGGUUGGGUUGGUCGGGCAUUCUCCAUGUCACACCUCACCGGAGCUCCGCUAUCAGAACCACCGUUUGCACCAUCCUCAGCGGCGAUGUCUCCCUUGUACAAACAGAAAUCUUGGUCACCGGACACGUUUCGCGAUGAGGCGUGGCAGCGGCGGAAAGGUACCCAUGGAAGCCGCCGGAAACGGCGGAGCAAGAGCGUUACCGAUGAUGACCUUGAUGAGAUUAAGGCUUGUAUUGAGUUAGGGUUUGGAUUUGACUCACCGGAAAUGGAUCAACGAUUGUCUGAUGCUUUCCCGGCCUAUGACCUGUUUUACGCCGUCAAUAAACAAUAUGUCGACACCAUUUCAAAGGCUCCGUCUGUAUCAUCAGUCAUCUCUGAUUGCGAGUCAACCAUUCCUCCGGAUAGUCCCCACACCAUUGUCGAUCCAGGAAAAAUGAAUGUAGGAGAUAAUCCUCAGGCAGUGAAGACAAGGUUGCGGCAAUGGGCACAAGUGGUUGCUUGCGUGGUGCGUCAAUCUUCAUAUUAAUGGAUGCUGGAAGUUGCAUAUCUGUUGAUUGAAUGAAUAGAAAGAUGAUGGUAAUUUGUUGUACCAGUACUAUUGUUUUUCGGGGCAUUGAAGCAAAAAGGGACUAAAUCAAACAAAUCAUAUUCAAUCUUAGAGCUAGUACUUUGUUGAUUUGAUGUUUAUUAAUAUGAUGAUUGUGCUGCAACCACAAAUACAACUGAUCCAUCCCAAACAAUCUCUUGUUAAUUAAUUGCUAGUAGCCUUGUUUGUUGAUAUUUCCAUCAUUUGUAACAUCCUUGGAAGACUGUUUUUUUUCCUUUGGAAUGUUUCGUCUUUUUCCCUUCA